UCAUGAUCCCCAGGUUUCAUACUCUUUUUAUAUCGCCGGUUCUUUGUUCCAUUAAAGCGCACAGACCCGUCGCCGACAAUUGUUGGAUCAGAGCGGAGCACGGCAAGCGGAGCCGCAUAGUGAAACAAACAUAUACGCACCAUAAGAAAAAGACACUAGCAUGACAGUCGUCAGACUACAACGAUAAUUAUGAUCAAGGCACUUCUUCACAUUGCUGCAGUUCACUGGCUCCUUAGGGCAGUAGUGACAACAAAAUUUCUAAGCUCCGUCAUUUUGUUUAUCGGGCUCAUGAAAAAAAAGAAUCGACUGCGCGUUUUGCCCUUUAUUCUUUUCUUUAGUCUUCAUAUUCAUCUUUGUACAUUUGCAGUGUUUCUUUCAUUAUCACUUUUUACCUUUCUUUUAUUUUUCAUCCCGCUCGAGUGUCCCUGUGGUCGUGCACGGCUGGCUCUUGCUCAUCUUUUGUACAUUUGCAGUGUUUCUUUCAUUAUCACUUUUUACCUUUCUUUUUUUUUCAUCCCGCUCGAGCGUCCCUGUGGGUGUGCAUAGUUGAAGGGAGCUAGUCGUGCACGGCUGGCUCUUGC